AUGACUACUGGUCAUCAUGUAAAAAGAUAUACCGAAAUUAUGCUAGGUUGUAUCCUUUUAGGCGAAAAGAACGCAUUUCCUGUUGAUUUCGAUACAGGCAAGACCAUUGGACAUCUCAAGGGAGCCAUUAAGAAGAAGAAAAGUGUGGCCCUUAGCAAUACUGACGCAAACUCUCUGAUAUUAUGGCGAGUUAAUAUUCCUGAAAAUGAGAUACAUGAGAUAUAUGAGGGGAUCAACAUCAAAGAAAAGUUUGAAGGUGAGAAAUUGACCAGCAAUCUCAAACCUAUUGGACAAGUUUUCAAAGGACAACCUCCUAGUGAGCACAUCCACAUUAUUGUGGAGUUGCCUGCCACCACUGCAGGUUCUUCCCAGAAAGUCCAUAUGAAAGGGCCUGACUGGAAUGAUCCUUCUUCUAUCUAUGCAUGGAUACAAACAUUUUCAUUGAAUCGUGGCCGAAACCGACUUGUUAAAACAUUCGGUUGGAACUUUGAGCUUUUUCAGCGAGAUGACACUAUUAAUAUGCUCUGGAAUGGGGAUCAGUCAACAGGGCUAAAUGGGGUUUUGGGCCGAUUUGAAGUCCGUGAUCAAAGUGACAAAGGCUUUCAUCCAAUCCCCGUUUUAGCUGGCGGUCCUGGAACUGGAAAGAGCAGAUUUCUCGAUGAGAUUGAAAAAUUGCUCAAGGAAUAUGCUGAGAAAUGCAAUGAUGAAGAAAUCCGUAAUGCUUUUGCCAACAUGACUGUCAUCAACACAACAUAUGGGAAUGGAUCCCCUGCUGGAGAUAUGGAUAUAACACUUGGCACUGAGGCAUCUCUUGCAAUACGAAUUUUAUUCGAGUACUUCCGACCUCAACAUAACUUUAGUGAAUUUGAUUUUCCUAGCUUCCGCUCAUACUGCAAUCAAUCAAACAUUUCGAGUUUUACCCUGAGCACUGCCCUUCAAGUUAUCUAUGCUGACAAGAUGGAAAUGAAACAAGCAACAGUCUCUCAUCCUCUAUUGGUUGUGGUAGUUGGAAUUGAUGAGUUCAACAAAUUGUAUGAUGUAGACCAACAAACCUCAAAGAAACUCAUAAACUCCAUUGGAGGAACGAUGUGUAGAGCACCUGGGAACAUUUUUUUCAUUCCCAUCCUGGCUGGGACCAUUGAAGGACCUUUAGAAGAAUAUAUCUCAGGUUCUAUGCACCAACCACUUCCCCUUCCGUUAGACCUCCUUCAAGAGAGUGAUGCAAUCAAGAUUGGCAAGACUAUAAAUCUAUUUGGUGAUGAUUAUGUCAAGACCCAUCCUUAUUUUAGAGUUGGUAUUGGUGACAUUGGAGGUCACGUGAGAACUUUGGAGUAUUUCUACAAAAUCUUUUCACAAGAGUUGGCAGAACAAGGAAAAGAUCCUUACCAAGUUAAAAUUGAGAACAUUAUGAAGUUCGUCAAAAAUUUUAUCAAAUCCACAUAUCGCAUACAGUUUCGCUCACAGUGGUUAACAGAACCUCUUGUGAAAGCCAUAUUGGGCCUGCCAGUUGACAAAUAUGACAAAAUCACAGUUGACAAUGUAUCAAUGAGCUAUCAGGAACUCAGUUCAAUGGGAAUUGUGAAUCUGGUACCACAAGCUACAGGUGACUACUAUAUUAGGUUACCUUAUGUUUGGGCAAGUGUACUUGCUGAAUGCUCCAAAAAUCCUGGGAUGAAGUAUUGGCAAUCCAUGUUUGAGUAUGAUGAGCCAAUGUUCUGGCAGAACUUUGAGAAUUUCAAUGCCAAAUUCUGGGCAUUACGCCUCAGUCUCUUUAAAUUAUUAGGAUGCAAGACAAUCCAGUUGAAGGAACUUCUUAAAGGUGCAACAUUUUCUAACAAAUUUCCAGAUGUUGAAGUUGUCCUUCCUGAAGAUAUCAAAUUGUAUAAAUUGCAACAUCGGUAUCCAGUUACCAAAACUAACCAGAAUAAAGAAGUGAAAUAUGACAGCAAUGUGGAAGUGAGACAUGGCUAUAUCACACUUGAUUAUUUGAAGAAUGAUUGUAUUGAUGAAUAUAUGGGUCACGUGUUCUUAAAUGCACCAGGGGCACCCUUUGAUGUCUUUGGAUUUUUUGAUAUUGAAAAACACAAACACAAAACUUUAUUCCUGGGUAAGCAAGUCAAACUAUCAGAUACUGAGGCAGUUACACCAAUGAUCAUUGACCAAAAAUUAUUCAAUGAGGAGCAUCGCAAGGUCACCAAAGCUAUAAAGGAUGUUCCAGUGGAAAAUUGGGCUCUACUAUUUCUAACAAAUGCAGAUACGAAAGCUGACCUGAAGAUAGGGAGUAAAAAAAACAGUGCAUUGGUAUCUAGGGAACAAUUUCAAGAGUUCUAUGGAUACACAUAUGCCAGCCGAGCACAAUUUGCAUCUGCAAAUGAAAGGAUAUAUAUAAAUUCAAUAGCCCCUGAGUCACUUAGGAUAAUUGGCCUCACUGAGAGUGAGAGUCAUAUGAUAUACAAGAAACGCAAAGAAAGUCCCCUCCACAGUUUGGAUGAUUUAAAGGAUAUGAUUGGUGAUGAGAAAUUUAAAAAGUUAAAGCUUGAUAGUAUUAUAUUUUAG